GGAUGCCAGCCUCAUCCUGGAAGCCGUGAAGCGCAACCAGUUCCUGCGCUGCCUGGGCGAAGGGCAGGACCAGCCGCUGGUGGAGAGCUUCACCUCGCUGGAGUGCCUCCCGGGGCAGAACGUGGUGGCCGAGGGGGACGACGGCAGUGCCAUGUACAUCGUGGCCGAGGGAGAGCUGCGGGUGACGCAGAAGGGGCGCCAGCUGCGCAUGCUGCUCCCGGGGGACGUCUUCGGGGAGCUGGCCGUCCUGUACAACUGCCGGCGCACGGCCACCGUCACAGCGGUAACUCUGGUGCAGCUGUGGGCCAUCGACAGGCAGGCGUACCGCACCAUCAUCACCCAGAAUGCCAAGCAGAAGCGCGCCCAGGUGCUGGCCGGCCUCCGAGGGGUGAAGCCCCUGCAAGGCCUGUCGGAUGCAGCCCUUUCGCAGCUGCUGGAUUCUGCAGAAGAGCGCACCUUUGCUCCAGGUGAGCUCAUCAUCCAGGAAGGGGACGAGGCCCGGACCUUCUACUACAUCCUCUACGGACAGGUCGACGUGACCAUGAACGUGGAGGGCCAGGAGAAGCACAUCCGUAUCCUCAAGGGCGGGGACCACUUUGGGGAGCUCUCCCUCAUCCGCAACAUCCGCCGGACGGCCAGCUGCCGGGCGCUGGAGGAGGUCACCUGCAUCGCCGUCUCCAAGGAAGACUUCCAGGAGCUGAGCCCACUCUGCGUCCAUGAGACGGAAGGGACCACGCAAGAGACCCUCCCCGACUCCAGACGGGGUUCCUCCCUGGAUGGCGUGGCCUCCCCUUCUUCUUCUUCUUCCUCCUCCCCUUCCUCGGGGACCUUUCCUCCUCUUCCUCCUCCUCCGCUGCGGCUCCAGGACCUGCAGCCCGUCCACUACCAGGAGGGAGAGCGGAAGGGGCAGCCCGUGGUCCUGGGCACCGGCGGGUUCGGCUCCGUCGAGCUGGUGCGGAGCACAUGCGCGGAGGAAGGGCCGGCCGAGCGCCUCUUUGCCCUGAAGCGCCUGCGCAAGGACCACGUGGUGCAGAAGCGGCAGCAGGAGCACGUGCUGAUGGAGAAGCGGGUCCUGCUCCAGAGCCGGUGCCCCUUCAUCGUCCGGCUCUUCGCCACUUUCCGGGACAGUCGCCACGUCUACCUGCUGCUGGAGUUCUGCCAGGGAGGGGAGCUGUGGGCCAAGCUGCGUGAAGCACGCUGCUUCUCGGAGCCGGUGGCCGUCUUCUGCUCGGCUUGCGUGGUCGAAGCCCUGGACUACCUCCACUCCCAAGGCAUCGUCUACCGGGACCUGAAGCCGGAGAACCUCAUGCUGGACGACAAGGGCUACGUCAAGCUAGUGGACUUUGGCUUUGCCAAGGCGCUGAAGCGGGGGGAGAAGACCUACUCCUUCUGUGGGACCCCGGAGUACCUGGCCCCCGAGAUCCUGCGCCACGAGGGCCACGACUUCUCCGUGGACUUCUGGACCCUGGGGGUGCUCAUCUUCGAGAUGCUGGUGGGAAGGCCCCCCUUCCACAGUGCGGAGCCUCAGAAGAUCUACAGCAAGAUCAUGGACGGUGUCUUCUCCUUCCCCGCCUUUGUCAGCGAGGCGGCCUGCUCUCUAGUGGCCAAGCUUUGCAGGCGCCGACCCGGGCAGAGACUGGGCAACACCAGCAGCGGGAUCCGCGGGAUCCGGAAACACAGGUGGUUCGGCUCCCUUUCCUGGAAGAAACUGGCGCUGCGUCAGCUCGAGGCCCCCACCACAGUGCUGCUCAAACAGGGCUCUCCCUACGUCAACUUCAAGCGCUUUUCCAUUUCGCAGCAAGAGCCAGAGGAGGACUUCUCCGGAUGGGACCAAGACUUCUGAGCCUCGCUGUCUGAUGUUGGGGCCCACAACCCCCCGGCCCUUGUUCUCCGUCUCCUCCGUGCACUGGGGCCCCUCCGCGGGGCUUUGCAGAGACCGGGGCCACUCCGUCGGCCUGCCGUUCCCUGGACCGUGGUCGGGUGGGGUGUCCGUGCUGAAGCCCCGCUGUGCCCCCCUCGCCCACCCACCCACCCACCACCCGCUGCUCCGGUGUGUGCUAGGACGUGGUUGUCUUGGGUGCCGUCACCGUGAGGAGGGGACCCCGCGGCCCUGCUGUGUUGUGUGCUGCUCAAUGUGGGAAUAAAUGGCGUCAGGACA